CCCGAGCCGAUGUCCAGCCACGAGCAGUGGCUCCUGGACUUGGCUAGCAAAUACGAUCAUGAUUGCAUACUCGAACUGUGCCGUUUCAAAGCCAAGCGGCUUAAGUCCAGUACUAAUGCUGCAGUACUAGAGCUGCAGGGGAUGCUCCGACAGUACGAGGAGGUCGACGAGGAGAUCAGCCACCUCGAAAAACGUAGCCGCCGCUGCCGCGACGCCGACAAGGAGCUCGACAGGAGGCUCGAGCGGAUGCGCUACUACGUGCUCUCCAACGACGUGAACAAGGAGCUGCGCAAGCAGCAGGGCCCCAUCAGGGGGCGCAAGGGUGACAUUCCGAUAGCAGCGGCAACGUUGGCGUCGGUAGUCGGCGCUCGCGGUGCCUUGCCCAUCGGCGUCUCGCUCCUGCGCGCCUUCAGAGCAUCGCAGUCGACGAGGGGUUCUGGCACAGCCGCGCCAGUUACGAUUUCUAUCGAUGAUGCUGGCGGCCCUGGCGCUGCUGCUGCUGCAACUUUGGACUCGGUGCGCCUCGUGGAGGCGGCUACCCGCGAGGCGACUCAGCGCAUCACGCUGCCAUGCCGCGCCGCGCGCCACCGCAUCCUGGCAGCCCCGCCCACCUGGCAGCUCGGAGAGCGGUGGGUGGCAGACCUGCCCAAGCUGCGCUGUCGAGCGAUUGGCACCGCCGCGGAGAACGGCGUAGCAGAGCUUCGCAUCGUGAAGGACACGCGGCCCAAGGACGCAAUGAUCCCCAGGGGUGACAUGAUCAAGUUACCGAACGAGAUGUCCAAUGUUACGCCUGGCAAGAUGGUGGAGCUCUGGCUCGAGAUCGUCACCAUCUGCGACCCGUACGAUCAGAUGUACUGGCAAGCUCGUUUAGCGCCCGAGCCAGAGCCAGCUGCCAUGUAAAUAGCAUGGCGUGUGCAAGGCUAAUGCCUAGAACUGUUCAG